AAUUAAGUAAAGAGAAAACAAGAAACAAAAAAAUAAGAACAUAAAAUAAAAAUUAAAAAAAAAAUACACGAAUUUUUUUAGUUAAAUAUAAACUACAUAUAUAUAUAUAUAUGGAUGUAUGUAUGUAGAUAUACAUAUAUUUUGAGUCGCUUUUUAUGUCGUCGUUAAUGUUUUGUAGUUCUUCGCAUCUUUCUCAUCAUAAUCAUCAUCAUCACUGCAAAUAAAUCAUGGAGAGUAUUUGUAGGUUGUGUUUUCAACCAGCGGCGCUUUUUCAAGUGCCAGGAUAUAAUUUACCAACAUGUGUUAAAUGUUCAGAACAUUUAACAACAAAUGGGAUACCAGCAAAUUUUUAUCAAACAAUACGACAAGAUUUGGUUUCACAGCCUAAUUCGGUAGUUGUAUCAACUGGCGGUACCAAUCUUAUUCAACAACAACAAAAUAAUUCUCAACAACAGCAACAACAACAACAACAACAAUCUCAACAACAGCAACAAACUCAACAACAACAAUCAAGUACCAGUAGUAGUAGUAAUAGACAACAACAAGAACAACAAAAUCAUAACGAAACAACUUCACAACAACAACAACAGGCCACAACAAUUAUUAAUCAAGCUUUAAAUUCGGUGGCAAAUCAAAACGGAAAGAAAUCAAGUAACGCUAAUAUGCAAUUCGAUCUGGAAAAAACAAUGCAACAUUUAGAUUAUUUUAUAUCACAGGUUGAUUUAUUAUUUAAUGAAGAAGGAUCAUGCCCGUUGUGUUCUAAAACAUUUUCGCGUAAAUCAUCUUUAUUAACGCAUAUACGUAAUCAUUCUGCAGAGCGGAAAUAUGUAUGUACAUACUGUCAAAAAGGUUUUACGCAAGCAGCUAAUUUAAGAAAUCAUGAAAGAAUUCAUACUAAUGAUAGACCCUAUGUUUGUGUAGAUUGCGGUAAAACAUUUACACAAAUAACAAAUUUAAAUAAUCAUAGAAGACUGCACACUGGCGAAAGACCUUUUGUAUGCAUUGAACCAGAAUGUGGCCGAUCAUUUGCUCAAGUGACAAAUUUGAAUAAUCAUAUGAAGACGCAUCAUAAAGUUCAACAAUAUUGUUGUAAUCAAUGCCCAAAGAAAUUUACUCAAGUGACAUCAUUGAAUCAACAUUUACAAGCACAUGCUGGCAUUACUGGAUAUUACUGCCCCCGAUGUCCGGAAAAAACGUUUAAACAACAAUCACAGCUGCAUACACAUAUGAAAUCUCAUGGGUUGGCUUUUCCUUAUGAAUGCCUUAAAUGCGAUGAAAAAUUUCUCCAUCAAGCACACCUAGAUCAGCACAAUAAAAUGCAUGAUGAAUUCAAAUUUAAAUGUGACAUGUGUCCGAGCUCUUUCAAUCAAGAGGCUCUUCUAAAGAAGCAUAUUCAAAGACAUAUCGAAGGAAGAUAUAUAACAUGUCCGGUAGCUAAUUGUAAUCAAAGUUUUGCUGUUAAACAACAUUUAACAAAACAUUUAUUAACUCGCCAUUCUCAUAAUGAACUUCCACCGCCAAAACGUUCGAAAAAAACACUUCAAAAUUUAGUAGUACAAAGUGGUGUUCAACAGCAUCAGUCUCAGCAACAAGCAUUGCAAGGGGUUGUUGGACAUCAAAUUCAAACAACAAUGGUCACUACAGGUCAACGUGGUCGACCUCCAAAGAAAAAACAACCACAACAACAAAAUGCUGUAAAUAAUAUAAUAAUACAACAGGAUGUAAAAUUACCAAAUGUAACGGCUGCAUCGCUACAAAUAAAUCAUUUACAACAGCAGCAACAACAAGCUGCUCUUGUAGCCGCUGUUCAACAGCAACAGCAACAACAGCAACAACAACAAAACGGAGAAUUAACGGGGGGCCAUAUUAAAACGUCAAAUUCAGAGAAUACAACAAAUAAUCACCAAGUAGAUGCCAAUAAUGAAGAUUUAAAAUGUAAUGAUUGUGGAUUAAUGUUCCAAACUGAAAAUGAAUUACGAGAGCAUAUAUUUUACAAGCAUCCAGAAAGGCGAUUCAUGCAGGCAAUAUUAGAAGAAAACAGAUAUCUUAUGAGAAUACAAAAUCAACAAAACUUCGUUUGCAAUCUUUGCUGUCAUGUUUUUAAAAGUCAUUUAGCAUUAGUUCGACAUACAGCUAAAUUUCACGGACAACUUUUGUAAAAAAAAAUAAACUGUAUAUAUAUUUAUCUCUCUUUAUAUAUAUAUAUAUACAUAAAAAUAAAAUAAUAAUAAUUUACAAAACAAAUGCCCUAAAACAAAAUAAAACAAAACAAAAAAAAAUUGAAUUAAUUAAAUAAAUAAAAUAAAAAUUAAAUUUUCGUAUAAUCUAUUUAAAAAAAAGUUAAUUGAAAAAAAAAAAAACAAAAAUAAAAAAUUAAUAUAUAUUUUAUACAUAAAGAAUAACAUUAAAAAUAGAAUUCAAAAAAAAAAAAAAUAUUAAUUGAAAAAAUAAUUUUGAAUAUUUAAAAAAAAAUAAUUAAAUAAAUAAUUAUAAUUAAAAAGAAAAAUAUAUAGUCAAGUCUAAAGUUCAAAAGAAAAGAGACUCUUAACUCAAAAACAAAUAAUAUUGAAUAAAAUAAUAAAAGUUAAUUAUGCUUCAAAAUAUUAUUUUAUUAUAAAAUUUUCAAUUUUAUUUUUUUAAAACACAUACAUUAUAAAUACCUAAUAAAAAUUUGAUUUGUUUUUUCAUUUUAAUCUUUCAAUCAUAGAAA